UUUUGAUCAUGCUUGUAUGGUUUUGUUCUAGGCAUUCUAGUUUCUUCUUGUAUUUCAAAACCAUGCAGUUAUGAGUGUGCAUUAAUGCUAUGAAGACCAUUGGUUUGUGGUUAGUUUGUUUGACGAUGUCUUCAUGUGAUUUGAAUGCUUUUUACACAGUAUGGUUGACACCAUGAACUUCCCCAUCUACGUCUUGUUUCCUGUCUCUCAAGUAGCGCUGUCCAAAAAAAAAAUCACAUUCCUCUAUCAAGUAAGAUGAACGCAUCUAGCAACUGCUGUGUGUUUGGUGGGGGUCAGUUUGAAUCUUUGUCUUCAAUAAUUUGCAUUGAGUUCAUCCUGGGAAUGAUAGGCAAUGGUGUGGCUCUCUGGAUCUUCUGCUUUUGCCUAAAACCUUGGAAAAGCAGCACCGUCUUCCUCUUCAAUCUUGCCCUUGCUGACUUUCUCCUGAACGUGAUCCUGCCUUUCCGUGCCAGCUACUACCUGAUGGGGAGAGACUGGAUCUUCGGGGAUGUCUUCUGCCGCAUCUCACUGUUCAUGCUGGCCAUGAACCGCUGUGGCAGCAUCCUGUUCCUGACAGCAGUGGCUGUGGACCGGUUCCUGCGGGUGGUUCACCCGCACCACCCUCUCAAUUCGAUGUCUGUCCGAAAGACCGUGGGUGCUGCCUGUGCGAUCUGGGCGCUGACCAUCUCCCAGACGGCCCACCUGAUGUUUGACACGCACAUCACCAAGAGCGGGAACUUGACCCAGUGCGAGAGCUUCCAGAUUUGCGAGACAUCCAAUCAUUUGUCUUGGCACAAGUUUAUCUUUGUCUUCUCCUUUUACCUGCCUCUGGCCAUAAUCCUGUUCUGCACCAUCCGGAUCAUCACACAGCUGAAGAACAGGCAGAUGGACAAGGACCAAAGGAUCAGGAGGACACUUCGCUUCAUCAUUGUGGUAGUAGUGGUGUUUUUCUUAUGCUUCUUUCCCAGCAACCUGACCCAGGUGGUCAUCUGGAUAAAAGUCACCUUCUACCCUGGACUCUGUGAAGACUACGAUGUCCUGCAAACAGUCUUCUUCUACAUGAUCAGCUUGACUUACCUCAACAGCGCAUUAGAUCCCAUUGUCUACUAUUUCUACAGCCCAACCUUCAAGAAGAUCUGCCAGAAGCAGUUUAAGCGGCUGUGGAAGAAAGCAGAGGUACCUGCAGAGGAAGAUCAAACGCGAGACACAGGCUCUCAGACACUUACUCAGCUGUGAGGAGUUAAGCUGGACUUUUUUUUUUUUUUGCAGUUUAUAUUAAUCUCAUUUCAGUAGGCAGCAUGCUAACACACUCGUCAGUUCAUAUCAGAUGAUUUUCAUCACAUUUGCAUUUGAGCUAUGAUCUUGUACAAAACAAAGUAAUCAUAAACAUACAUGUUUUAGGGACUAAAGUGACAUGGGCAGUUGUGAGGAAAUUAAGGCUUUGUUUUCUUGCCAUAGUUUUGUUUAAGUGUGCUAAUUUACUGAGUACGAAAGUUCACUUUAUUGUUUUUAAUUUUUAUACAGUACGUGGCACCUCUAGGGUUGGGGGGUCUGACUCCUGUCUCUGCUAUGCAUGUGUGAUAUUUGUGUAUUUGCAUGCUGUGUGGUAUUCUCCUGCAAUCCAAAGAGAUGUGGUUAUGCUAUUUGGCAUCUCUACAUGAUCUGUUGCUUUACACAUGUUCUGCAUUUAUACUGAGUAACACAGUAAAUGCUUUUAUCCAGUGUGAAGAGUCUGCUGGUACAAAAAGUGCACUAGGACAAAAUAGGACAUGAACACAGAAACUGGAAACUGCACACGGCAGUAGGCUCUCUGAAGCACUGUCACGGCCUUUUGGUUUUAAUUGUGGCUUUGGAACACAUUGGCAAGCGUGUGAGAAAUUAACACUGUGGAUUCUCACAGUUUGCUCCACUAUGCAUAGCUUCCU